AUGUCGAGCCACUCCGACGAUUCGUUGGAUUCACUCUUUCACUACGAGCCGAGCUGUGUAGACGCCGAGGCGAGAGGUACAACAGAAUCCUCCGAGGCAUCCGUUUCGCCGAGCCCUUCCAAUCGUUCAUCUGACGAGGUGUCAAAUCACGGAAAUCCGUCAGAUGUCGACUCUACAGAUGACGAGCUGUCGGUUUCGACGAGCCGUCCCCAGUAUCCUAUUCCUGAUGAAGGUAUCAACCGCGCCGCAGUCAAACCCGAGGAGGAGGCAUUUCCCUUUGACCUAUUCGAGGCGAAGCGUGAGUUGGAACGUCUCAUGGCAUCCCGAGGCGCUUCCACAUCUGGGCGAGGGCCAAGAGUUAAGAGACAAAAACCUGACCCGCCUGGCUCUACGCUUUGCUCCCUUGAGUCGCUCGAGGCGUUGAGGCAUCGCUUCGGGAUAUCCGAGGCGGUGGAGUUCGUCGUUCCAGAGAAGAGCAACCGAGCCGACAAGCCUCCAGAGAAUCAUUUCACUCUGUACAAGGCGUUCUUUGAGCUUUACUUCCUCUGGUUCCCGAUCCCCGGAGUGAUCCUUGAAUAUCUCUUGAAACAUGGGAUCUCGAUUGGGAAAAUCAUGCCGAGGGGAUUACAGCAUAUGAUUGGCAUCUUAGUUCGAAGCUUCGAGUGCAGAGUUGAUGUCGAGCUGAAUCACCUGCUGAACUUGCUGGAAAUCAGGAAAGCUCCGAAGGGAAAUAAAUUCUAUAUUUCCAACAAGGCGAAACGACGGAUCAUCGGCGGUUUUCCCAGCAAGGAUCAGUUUUGGACUGAACGUUUCUUCUAUGUCUUGGUGAACGAGGCGUCGGUCGGCGAGAAUUACGUUCAAAGAACCAAGACCGCUUGGGGACCACUUGGUAGCCGACCCGAAGCUUUGCCUCGGCUCGGAACUCUUUUUGUUUGGUGCUUUCUUCCCCCGAUUCCCGACGACCUCUUUACUGUUCGAGACUUUCUUUCGGCGCGGAAGGUUAAUUGGAGAAAGAACUUUACCCUCGAAAGAGUAGAAAAAGCGCGAGCCAUCCUUGCCAGAGUCCCCGUCAGCUCUUCAUCCUCAAGUUCUUCAAGAGAUACCCAGGAGAAGAUGGUGAUAAUCGCCCUCAGAGAAAGGAAGAGGCGCGAGGAAGAGGAAGCCGCUAGACGAGCUGCCGAGGCGGCUCACGCGCAAACCGAGGCGGUUCCAGCGCAAGCCGAGGUGGUUUCAGCGCAAGCCGAGCCCGUCCUUCAACCCAACCCUCCGAGCCGGGAAGGAGAUGUAAUGGUCCAAGCCGCAGAAGGCGACACUUCCGAGGCAGCUGAGAAAGAUGUAGCGCCCGAGGUGGAACCGGGCGAAAUUAUCCCCGAGGUGUCCAGGGACGGCUCGGCGGCGCGGAAUAAGACUCCUUCGCAAUCCGCCAUCCUGGCCCUCCCAAGUCAACGAGGCCACCGACUUCGGUUGUUCACAAGCAUGACUCUAGCCGAAAACGUUCGGCUACUGACAAGGGGAAGGGCGUCGCCGUUCAGAAGGACGAGCCGUCCAAGAAGAGGCAGAAACCGACGCCCGGGGACCCCACCGCGCGUAAGUUGGUUGUUGACGACCCCGACGCUUCUGCCGUCAUGUUCUCGCGUGUAA